GAAAACCUUAUUUCACAUGGGGCAGCUCGGAGUUAUCAACCAUUUGCGUAAACGCUGGAUUCAAGUGCUGAGUGGUGGUUAACAGUCUGGCGAUAGUAGCAAAACAAGAUAAGAACUUCGCUAGGCAUAUUGCCUUCUGUCUUCUAUGCAAUAUUGAUUUUCCUCGUCGGACAGCAACAUGCAUCAGAAAACGUAACUUUUACAGAGUUUCUCAUCAGGACGCAGCGCAUUGCUCUUUUCCAAACGGAUAUCUUACAACGGUGUGAUGAAGCACUGAGAUUUAACACCAUAAGUACUUUGUACCAACAUGUCUAAACCAAUGGAUCACGUAAAACGACCGAUGAAUGCCUUCAUGGUUUGGUCCAGAGCGCAGAGAAGAAAAAUGGCUCAGGAGAACCCAAAAAUGCACAACUCCGAAAUCAGCAAAAGAUUGGGAGCGGAGUGGAAACUUCUCACUGAGUCGGAGAAAAGGCCAUUCAUUGACGAAGCAAAACGACUGAGAGCCAUGCACAUGAAGGAACACCCUGACUAUAAAUACAGACCUAGGCGGAAGCCAAAGACUCUGAUGAAAAAAGACAAGUUUGCCUUCCCAGUGCCCUACAAUCUUGGGGAGCACGACGCGCUAAAAGUUAGCGGUUUAUCUCAUGGAGCACUUUCCGAACACCUAUUGGGGAACCCCGACAAAGCGGCAGCGGCGGCCGCAGCAGCGAGAGUCUUUUUCAACCCGUCCAUGUCCACGAACCCCUAUUCGUUUUUUGAGCUCGGAUCGAAGAUGUCAGAGCUAUCCUCGCCCUCGUUUCCUUACCCAUCUCUGGGCUACCCUGGUGGCACGGCUUUCUCUGGAACUGGCGGUGUCGGUGGAACUCACACUCACUCUCAUCCAGCCCCCGGCAACCCAGGCUACAUGAUCUCCUGUAACUGUACGGGCUGGCCCUCUGCGGGUCUCCAGCCACCGUUGGCCUACAUCCUACUCCCCGGGAUGGGCAAACCUCAACUUGACUACCCUGCAUAUGCAGCGGCAUUAUGAUAGCCUAUUGGACUUAGGAGAGGUUUAAAUGUGAAAAAAUAUUCAUGCAAGAGUUUAUUAUGCAUGCACAAACUUGUACAUGUGAUAAAGUGCUCGUCGUCUCAGAUAUCACAUGUGUAUGUAUAUUGAUUAAUGCCUUUAUCUAAGGUAGGGCCUAAUGCUUAUUUAGAGAACUCUCGAAACUAAUAUUCAGCCAUCAUCUGUCAAAUCCCAGAAGGACAGAACAAAAGGAUGUCAGGAAUACAGAGAGCAAAGGGCCCUUGUCAAUGUGAAUACUCAAUUGAAAGGUACCAUGUCUGUUGCUAAAGCACCGGCUUUACUGGCUUCUUAUCAAGUAGGCAGUUUACUACAUCACACAACAAAUCAGAUAUAAACAUGAACUGGUCAUACUUAUCUUCAUAUAUUUUAUCUGAUAAUUAAAUAUUGUUUAAGAAAUAUAA